ACCGUAUGCCUAAAAAAAUAAAAAAUACAUAAAAACUAAGACCAAAUUUGUAGCUUUUCAUGAAUUUUGGAACGCCCCCAACCGGAAACACAACGUUUCGAUCCCGAAAGAGCGGUGCACAUGGAAGAACACCGGGGACCCGAGUUGAUGAAUGAAUUAAAUUCAGAUGGAUUAUUGGAAUCAUAUUCAUCUCUAAAUUGGAUAUAAUAAGCGCUUUACUGAGCCUACCAUGCUGAGGUGGUGAGCCUGGGUGGUCACAGUGAUAUGGUAAAGUGAAUGACGCAGGACACUGACAGUACUGGCUACAACAACAAGAAACAGCAGUGGUUUGCCUGUGAUGAGUGGUGACGGCACUGGUUUGGGGGCCCCUGACCCGCUAGCAGUGUAUUGGGAAAAAAUCCAGGAACGCUCAGCUCUGUUGGAGACCUGUCCAUGGUGUGCUGCUAAAGGACAGUCUCUGGCCCUUCGCUCCUACAGGAUCAACUCCCAGGAGUUCAUCACUCUCUGCACUGACCCACAGUGCCUGUUUCCCUUGGUCUCUCGUCCUUUGGAUGAUGUCCUGGCCAGCCUCGUACCCCCUCUACACCAAACUCAGACAGGGAGCAAGAGGAAGAGUCCCUGCGGGUUGGAAAACGGAGACCCUGUACCUUCCCCCAAACAUGCACGAUCGGUGGAGUCCGAAGUGGCCGAGGACGCCGUAUCACAGAGUGGAGCUCCAUCAGUCAGCGGCAUCACCAACAAACUCAAUGGGGAAGAAGAGUGCUUUAAUGGGAAGAAGGAGAGACUCCGCCAAUCAGAACACACCAACAUGGAUGUGGUGAAUAAAACCCUCAAACACACACUUCCUGAGACUGAGAGGGGAGGGGCCAACGCAUAUCACAAGGAUUCUGGUUGGUCGAUGCCAGAAGAAAUGGACCAGGAACUCCUAGAAGAGGAACAAGGUGGUGUCUUUCGCCCAGAGGACGGUACACCAACUUUAGACAAGGGUUUUCCUCUCCAAAAGAAGACUUUAUCAGUCUUACAGGUGGCCGUUUCUGCUGUAGAGUCUGCUGUAGAGUCUGCUGUAGAGUCUGCUGUAGAGUCUGCUGUAGAGUCUGCUGUAGAGUCUGCUGUAGAGUCUGCUGUAGAGUCUGCUGUAGAGUCUGCUGUAGAGUCUGCUGUAGAGUCUGCUGUAGAGUCUGCUGUAGAGUCUGCUGUAGAGUCUGCUGUAGAGUCUGCUGUAGAGUCUGCUGUAGAGUCUGCUGUAGAGUCUGCUGUAGAGUCUGCUGUAGAGUCUGCUGUAGAGUCUGCUGUAGAGUCUGCUGUAGAGUCUGCUGUAGAGUCUGCUGUAGAGUCUGCUGUAGAGUCUGCUGUAGAGUCUGCUGUAGAGUCUGCUGUAGAGUCUGCUGUAGAGUCUGAAGGUGCACAAAAGGAGGUUCUCUCUACUUUACAGGAGGCUGUAUUAGCCCGAGAAAAUACUUUUUCUGCCCCGCAAGUAGCCAUUUCUCUUCCAGAGAAGAUUUCACGUCCCUUACAUGUGGCCAUGUCUGCCUCAACGUCUGCCCCAGAGAAACCCUUGGCCAAGGCUGCCUUAGUGGAGGUUGUCCCUACCUUUGAGGACACAGUGUCUCUCUUAGAGGCUUUGACUGCCCCAGGGGAAGUUACACAAUCACGUCAGAAGGUUCACCCUCCCUUACAAAGGACUGUCAAGGUUGUGCCUGCGCCAGAGGAGGUUGUGCCUGCGCCAGAGGAGGUUGUGCCUGCGCCAGAGGAGGUUGUGCCUGCGCCAGAGGAGGUUGUGCCUGCGCCAGAGGAGGUUGUGCCUGCGCCAGAGGAGGUUGUGCCUGCGCCAGAGGAGGUUGUGCCUGCGCCAGAGGAGGUUGUGCCUGCGCCAGAGGAGGUUGUGCCUGCGCCAGAGGAGGUUGUGCCUGCGCCAGAGGAGGUUGUGCCUGCGCCAGAGGAGGUUGUGCCUGCGCCAGAGGAGGUUGUGCCUGCGCCAGAGGAGGUUGUGCCUGCGCCAGAGGAGGUUGCCAUGGUUCCACCUGCCAUGGAAGCUGUCCUGGUGUUGCAGGAUGCUCUGACUGUCUUAGAGAAUAAUUCACCUGACAUAAAGGAGGGUCUCUCUGUCUUAAAGAAAGAUGAGGAAGAGGAGUGUUUAAUCGAGGAGGAAGAAGUGGCUAUACUUGUGGCUUUGGAGGAUGUCCCUGCCUCAGAAGAGGUUGAGAAGGCUCUACCUGCCUUGGUGGAGGAUGUCCCUGCUUCAGAAGAGGUUGAGAAGGCUCUACCUGCCUUGGUGGAGGAUGUCCCUGCUUUAGAAGAGGUUGAGAAGGCUCUACCUGCCUUGGUGGAGGCUGUCCCUGCUUCAGAGAAAGAUGAGGAGGAGGUGGCUACACCUGCCUUGAUGGAUAAUGAGUACGGAGAGGAUGAUCUGUCUGUCUUUGACGAGGAAGAGUGCUCCCCAGAGGUGAUGUGUAGGCCCUGUAGUGUGGACCUCAGUCAGAGCAAAGUGCCUGUUGAAGUUCAUGAUGAUAAUGAUGAUGGUCCUAUCAAAGCUAGAAGAAGAGCUCAGAACACCCGGCAACUAAUCAGUAGCGAGGACGAGAUGACCGGCGAAACCAUGGAAACAGAACGGGAAGGAAGCGUCACUGAGGAAGUGGAAGUCGUGCCAUCACCGCCAAAAAAGAAAAUGGGCCGGCCGAGAAAGACUCCUAUUAUUAAAUACACACAGGUAGUGGUGCCCAACUUUGACCCGGAAGUGAUCUCGACUGAUGAGUUGGUUCCGGUUCCCGGGCCUCACCUAUUCUGGAGGAAUGAGCAUAGUCUGUGUUGGCUGGACACCUUGCUGGUAGCGCUGGUCCACCUUCACACCCUGAGGGACAGACGGCCCACCAAGAGGCCCACUGUAGGUCAACCUGUCUGGGACCUGUGUGAGAGUUACAACCGGGCCUGUGGUCUCAUCACAGCCUACCAACACACUGGUGCAGACGGUGUUGUCAGAGUGCCCUCUGCGGUGUUACAGAGGGUCCAAACUGAGAUGCAAGCCAUCAGGAUGUCCAUCUUUAGACUGCUGGAGCCGCUACUGAAAUGUAAACUGGGUCAGAAUGAGACACCUGUGUUCGCCCUGCCGCUCCUCCUCAGGGCUGACUCCUGGGCAGAACCUCUCUUCCAGCAAGCUUAUGAGUGGCAGUUUGAGUGUAUCUCAACAACUUGUCAACAUGCCACCAACACCAAAUGUAAGAAGACCCUCACCACUUUCACCAAGGUGCUUUCUGAUUGGCACCCUCUCAACGCAGUCCACCAAUCACGUUGCAGCAAGUGUAAUAAGAGGAAGCAGACCAGGAUGUUGGUGCUGGAGAGGGUGUCUCCUGUGUUUGUGCUGCACUUUGUAGAAGGUCUUCCUGACAACGACCUCUGCGUGUACUCCUUCACCUUCCAGCAGCAGGAAUACUCCGUCACCACAGUCAUACAGUAUGACCAGCAACUCAAGCACUUUGUCACCUGGAUACGCAGAACUGACGGAUCGUGGUUGGAGUUUGACGAUCUGAAGCACCCUAACUGUGUCUCCCACACCCAGCUGGUGGUCCCUCCUAGAGAAAUCCACGUUGUCUUCUGGGAGUUGAAGACCGACAGACCGGACAACCCACAGACACCCUGCUCUCCCCCUGUAUCCCUGACAAGCACUUUACUGAUACACAAAGAACUGCAGCAACCUCCCUUAGCCAAACUCUUUGUCAACAAUGAAUCUCAAGACAUCUCUCAGUCGGUCUCUGAUGAUGCGGACACUGACAUGGACACCACCAUAACUGCUGGCUAUACUGCUAACGAUAUGGACGCAACAUUAACGAAUAACGUUAACUCUCCCAUCGCCAUCGGUUCCACCAGUGUGCUUCAUGGCGUACCGGUUCAAUCCUGUUACCACAACCUCUCUCUCCCCCUCCUUCACAACGACACAGCCAUUGUCGAGGCACUGACUGUGUCUGACGAUACCGACAACGACAUCAUGGACACCACGGUAACCACCGGUAAAGCUGGUAACUCGUCUAUCGGUAGCACCACACUGCUUGACACCUUCGAGGGCCUCUCCCACGAUGACGUUGUCACCCUGACGCUCGUAGAGGUCAAAGUUGGCUCUGAUGGGAGGCCGUUGGACGACAACGAUGUCUCCCUGGCUCCCAGGCAAAAUGGAAACCUCAGUUCUCUACCUGCUCCUACACCCGAGACUGAGAACCCUGCACCUGCCCAUGAAAUGCCCCCUGAAACAGAUGUUUUCGUCAUCAAAAGGCCAUCAUCCCCUGAUACUGCUAGUGGGUUUCUCCAUGACAGCAGUGACAGUCCUUCUGAGCCCGACUCUGAAAAGCCCACUCCUCCUAGUCCUCCCAGGCUCAGAAGGGGCAGAAGCACCAGCAAUAAAGCCAAAAUGAUGGCAUCCAACACUCCAGUUGCACCAGCAGCUAAGGUGGUCGCAACAACACCACCAAGAACAUCUACACCAAUGGCACUUCCUGGAAAGUGUGGUGGAAUGAUCCUGCCCUCAGUUGUAUCUAUGAUGUCACCGUCAUAUGUGGAACCCAGUACCCCAUCACCAGAGGCCCCUACUCCUCCUUCUCCCCUGCCCCACUCCAAACCCGCUACUACCUCCACCUCUCUGCAGAGCAAACCCGGCCUUCCUCCACCCCCGGACCCCAACUCUCGCUGGUCCUACCUGCUUAGCCUCCACCCCACCUCCAUCCCCAAUCCCCCAAGACCAACCAGUCACUUCAAACACUCAACACCCAACCGGUUCCAGCAGCUUUCACAUAGCUGGCAGACCCCAAGGAUGGCUCCCCCCAACCCAGACGCCAGGUUGAAGAAGCCUCCGCCUCUACCCAAACCCAAACUAAGUAAGGUGGACAAUGAGGCCCUGCCGGUGAAGGCUGCCGAGAUGUACGGAGGGUUCCAGGCCAGAAGCAGGAUCGUAAAUAUAAACAUGAACAGCCCCUCCAAGACUUCAUCUCCCACCCAGCUUCUCUCUCAAAGAACUGACCCUCAAAAUGGCGCCUGGAAGAUACAGAGUCAACCUCCUGCCCUCGUCUCGCGAAAACCCCUUAUCAACCACACCACUUCAGCAGUGCCUAUUGUGACCUCACUUCCUCCCUCUCCAGGAGUCACGGAGAUCCCUAAAAUCUCUUCCUCCAGGAAACACAGCCCCGGCGGUCAGGUCAGUGAGACCGAUGCCCUCAGGUACAAGCUGCUGAAGAAGCUGAAAGCCAAGAAGAAGAAACUAGAGAAGCUGAAUCAGAUGCUGGGUAAUCAGGGGGGUGCGGGAGGACUGGGGGAAGUAACCUGCACACCAGACAUCACUGAUCGGAGUCCCUCCCACACCGUGAGCUCUAGUACCUCUGUCUACGACAGCCCCGCAUACGACCAGUUCUUUGCUGACCUUCUUUCGCCGGCGACGACCGCCAGCAACCUAUCGCCGGACAGCACGGGCUUGCUGGAGAUGCUGACCACCAAUGGGCAAGAAGGGGGCGGGGACUUGGCGUGUGGGGGGAACGGUAUUAGUGGAGCCUCACAGGUGGUGACACCUAUGAUCUUGCAUCCGGCCAAUCACGGUGUAGUAGUGCCACAUCCUGGUCUAGCCGAGCCAAUCACGACCUCUGGUGAGAACUUCCUGGAAGAGUUCAUAUCAGGGUCGGCCAAUCAGCAGACGGAGAUGGAGACUGAUACCCUUAGUGCUCUCGACCUGUUCUUUUAGGCACGUUAACUACAGGUCUAGGAUCUGCUAACAACUCUUACCCAACCCCUAAGCUUAAACGUUGGGGGAAAUGCAAAGCUUACCUUAGAUCAGUGGCUAAGUCUACGUCUCAAAUGGCAUGCUAAUCCCUAUAUAGAGCCUCUGGUCAAAAGUAGCACCAUAGAGAUCCUAUUAAAUUAAACUAUUCUAAUUCCUAAUUAUAUGAGUAGUGCACUCUAAAGGGAGUAGUGUGCCAUUUUGGAUGCAUUCAGACAGUUUCUAGUAGAAACUGCAUGCUACUAUUCCUUUCAGUCGGGAGAGUGUGUGUGUGUGUGUGUGUGUCUGUGUGCUUGGCAUCAAUGGGUUGUUCUGUUCUGGGUAGCAUGUGUUACAUGAAGCGGAAUCAAACUGCCAUUAUAAAGAGAGAGUUCACCUAAAUUACAAAGUGACAUAUUGGUUUUCUUACUGGAAGCAGUCAAUGGACAAGGUACGAUGGCGAUCCAUGCUUUGGUUUAGUUUCCCUGCCACUGUUUCCACGUUUUAGCAUUUGUGGCACAAAUCCCAUUCAAAUCAUGGGACCGAUUUAUUAUUUUCUACACAUCCUGUUCAAAUCAUAUUUAAGUGACUUUGCUUAGAUUCACAAUGCAUUUUAGAUCAUUUUGGAUGGUUAGGACAGGAUGCAUGAAAAAUGCUAAUAUCAGUCCCUUGGAUGGGAUUUCUGAUACAAAUACUAAAAGUUAGCAUAUGGAAACAAUGCCAGGGAAACUUAACCAAAGCAUGGAUUGCUGUCAUCCAUAGACCUGCUUACAGGGUAAGGAAACCAAUGCAUCAUUGUCCCUGUAACUGUCCCUGUAACUCUGGUAAGCACUUGGAUAUCGCUCAUGUUUUUUUUUGUGGUUUAUCAAGAAUGUUGGAGUUGAACAUGGAGUAAUGUUAAUACUCACUGAGGUUUUGUCCAAAAUGGCACCCUAUUCCCUACAUAGUGUCCUGCUUUUGACUAGGGUCUAUAGGGAUCUGAUCAAAAGUCGUGUACUUUUUUUUUAAAGGGAAUAAGGUGCCCAUUUGUGAUGGAACCAUUGUACUUACAGGUUCUGAGGCUUUAAGGGAGAUUAAAAAUGGAGGUUGUUUCAGAGUAUUCUGGAACGUUAAUAGACCCAAUUAUUUGAUCCUGCUUUGUGGAAAAAAACUCCUGAAGACAACAUAUGCUGUUUUUGUUUGCUUUUUAAAAAAUGUUAGUUUGUCUGAAUUACUUGAAAACUAGGGGGAAAAAGCCUGACAUCUAGGAUAAAAACAUGUUUGUGUUUUAAAGGGUGGUUCGAACUCUUAUCUUUUGAAUGUAUUUUUUGUAAUAAAAAACUGUGACAAGAGUUCUAAAAUGUUGUACUGAAUCAGAUACUGUAUGUAAUUCUAAUAAAAUAUUCUUUACAUGGA